AUGCGGUCUACAUUCGCCGUCGCCGCCCUCGCUCUGGCUUGCUGCCUCGACGUCGCCCACGCCAACACCGAAAAGGCCAUCUUCCUCGGUCCGGAGACCGUGAACGUCCCGACUACACCGCCAACAAUUGAGGACCUUCGACUGGAUGUUCUCACACCUGAUGACUGGAACAAGAGACUCAAAUUGAAGGCUUCAUUCCCAUCUGGAGACUCGCCCUUUGGAGCGACCACUUGGCUAAUUAUCACCAAUCUCACUCAAGGCCAGCGUUAUGAACUGAGAGUGUGCUGGGCGGCCACACAACCCACGGCCUUCACUCUCAACGUCUUCGAGCUGCCUACAGUAUGGGGUACGCCCGAGUUGAUUUCGUCGCUGGCAGACGACGCAUUUUCGCGCCAGUCCGAACAAGUCGACUCUGGCAACGGUGACAAGCCGUCGCAACGAAGGAAGCACGAGUAUGAAGCAUCGCUGCUAUUUGUCCGGGUUCAGGCAGCAGCAGACUACUUUACGGACAACGCCACACUCAUGACACAGGUCGAGCCCGUUAGUGUUGACCUCAUACUCGACCCAUUCUUGCUCAAUGCUUUGCCACGAUCAUUGCUGCCCACUCUCGGUUACGUCGUCGUCGUGGCGAUCUUGGCUUGGUUUCUAUCUAGACGCAUUCUUGUUUGGAUUCAGCCUGUGCUCGCCGCUGAAAGCAAGUCGGCUAAAAAGAAGAAGAGGAUGUGA